AUGGGGCUCUCCACCGUCAUCCUCGCAACAUGUCUUUUAUGGGGUCAAGUUCUCUCAGCAGGUUUGCCCCUGAGGCUGGUGGAUGGCGGUGACCGGUGUCAGGGCCGGGUGGAGGUCCUGUACCAAGGCCACUGGGGCACCGUGUGUGACGACAAAACGGAUUCCUACUUGGCGCUGAGGCUGGUGAACGGGGGAGACCGGUGCCAGGGCCGGGUGGAGGUCCUGUACCAGGGGUCCUGGGGCACCGUGUGUGAUGACGACUGGGACAUCAACGAUGCCAACGUGGUGUGCCGGCAGCUGGGCUGCGGCUAUGCCGUGUCGGCGCCAGGAAGUGCCCGGUUUGGUCAGGGCCCGGGACACAUCGUUUUAGAUGAUGUGGCCUGCUCGGGGCACGAGUCCUACCUGUGGGAUUGUCGCCACCGGGGCUGGCUCUCCCAUAACUGUGGACACAGUGAGGACGCCGGAGUCAUCUGCUCACAUGCUGCUCUGGCCAUGAGGCUGGUGAACGGGAGCAGCCGGUGCCAGGGCCGGGUGGAGGUCCUGUACCAGGGGACCUGGGGCACCGUGUGUGACGACAGCUGGGACAUCAGCGAUGCCAUCGUGGUGUGCCGGCAGCUGGGCUGCGGCUCGGCCUUAGCAGCCCCGGGAAAUGCCGUGUAUGGUCAGGGCUCGGGGCCGAUUGUGCUGGACGACGUGGGCUGUUCCGGAAGCGAAUCCUACCUGUGGAACUGCCCCCACCGAGGCUGGCUCUCUCACAACUGCGGGCACCAUGAGGAUGCGGGCGUUACCUGCACGGGUAGGCCUCCAAGAUCCCUGGUCCCCCCUACUCUGACCCUGGUCCCGCAGCUUCCGGCGGGGGCAGUGUGCUGUGAUCACCGCUUGGGGCUGAGGCUGGUGAACGGGGGAGACCGGUGCCAGGGCCGGGUGGAGGUCCUGUACCAGGGGUCCUGGGGCACCGUGUGUGAUGACAACUGGGACAUCAGCGAUGCCAACGUGGUGUGCCGGCAGCUGGGCUGUGGCUAUGCCGUGUCGGCUCCAGGAAGUGCCUGGUUUGGUCAGGGCUCGGGGCCGAUUGUCUUGGAUGAUGUGGCCUGCUCGGGGCACGAGUCCUACCUGUGGAAUUGUCACCACCAGGGCUGGCUCUCCCAUAACUGUGGACACGGUGAGGACGCUGGAGUCAUCUGCUCAGAAGCGCAGAGGCCAUCGACACCCAUGCCAACUUCGUGGCGUACAACAACUCCGACUCCCGGUUGGUGGGAGCCAACAAUUACAACAGCUAGGACUACAGGCGCGAGCCCUUCACCUCCAAGGUGUGGUGGCUACUUAACCAGUGCCCAAGGGGACUUCUCCAGUCCCUCCUACCCUGCGUAUUACCCCAACAACGCGCUGUGUGUGUGGGAAAUCCAGGUCCGUGAUGGUUAUCGCAUCAACCUGCGCUUCACCGACGUGAGGCUGGAAUUGCACCCAUCCUGUAGUUUUGAUUAUGUUGAAAUCUACAAUGGACCGAUAAGUAGCAAUACUUUGCUAGGAAGGAUCUGCAAUGGCAGCGAGCUGAUAUUCACAUCUUCCGGCAACCGUAUGUCUGUUCGAUUCCGAAGUGACGGCAGCAUCCAAAGGCCUGGCUUCUCUGCCUGGUAUAACUCCUACCCGAGAGAUGCCAGCUUGAGACUGGCCCCAAGCAACUCCACGCUCCGCAACUCCAGUAGGUGCGCUGGGCGUGUGGAAGUCUACCAUAGCGGCGUGUGGGGCACCGUGUGCGAUGACGCCUGGUCCAUGCAGGAUGCAGAGGUGGUGUGCAGGCAGCUCGGGUGUGGACGUGCCGUAUCGGCCCCGCACAAUGCCUAUUUUGGCCCUGGCUCUGGCCCCAUCACUCUGGAUGAUGUGCAAUGCUUGGGGACAGAAUCCACUCUGUGGCAGUGCCGGAGCCAAAACUGGUUCUCUCAUAACUGUGGCCACCACGAAGAUGCCAGCGUCAUCUGCUUAGACCCCGGUUACGAAACAACUACGCAAAAUUAUUCCUGCGGAGGCUUCUUGUCCCAGCCCUCGGGGUCCCUUUCCAGCCCGUUCUACCCCGGGAACUAUCCAAACAAUGCCAGAUGCGUGUGGGAUAUCGAGGUCCCAAGCAACUACCUCGUGACUGUCACCUUCAGAGACGUGCAGCUUGAACGAGGCUGCAACUACGAUUACAUUGAGGUUUUCGAUGGCCCCUAUCACAGUUCCCCUCUCAUUGCUCGGGUCUGUGACGGGGCUCUGAGGACGUUCACCUCGUCAUCCAACUUCAUGUCGAUUCGCUUUGUCACGGAUGGCAGUGUCACAGGCAGAGGGUUCCGGGCUGACUUCCACUCCAUCAGAUCCAAUGACACUACCAGUCUGUCUUGUCUGCCGGAUUACAUGCAAGCCAGUGUGAGCAGGAGUUACCUCCAGUCUCUGGGCUACUUAGCCAGGGAGCUUGUCAUUCCCUGGUGGAAUGAGAGCUACCAAUGCCAGCCCCAGAUAACAUCAACCCAAGUGAUAUUCACAAUUCCCUACUCAGGCUGUGGCACCUCGAAGCAGGUUAACAAUGACACCAUCAGCUAUUCCAACCUCCUCCGAGCGGCUGUGACCAAUGGAAUCAUCAAAAGGAGAAAGGACCUCAACAUCCAUAUCAGCUGCAAAAUGCUCAGGAACACCUGGGUGAACACCGUGUACAUUACGAACGACACGAUCAACAUCAAGGAAGUCCAGUACGGCGAUUAUAACGUGAACAUUUCCUUCUAUUCGUCCUCCUCCUUCUCACGUCCUGUGACCAGCAGCCCAUACGUUGUGGACCUGGAUCAGAAUUUAUACCUUCAGGCUGAAAUUAUCCACUCGGACGCCUCCCUGGCCUUGUUUGUGGACACCUGUGUGGCUUCGCCGUACGCCAAUGACUUCACGUCUCUGACUUACGAUCUCAUCCGGAGCGGGUGUGUACGGGAUGAAACCUACCAAACCUACUACGCGUCCUCACCCCGUGUCGCCCGCUUCAAAUUCAACUCUUUCCACUUCCUGAACCGUUUCCCUUCAGUGUACCUGCAGUGUAAACUGGUGGUGUGCAGAGCAUAUGAUUACUCUUCCCGGUGCUACCGAGGCUGCGUAGUGAGAUCCAAGAGGGAUGUGAGCUCCUACCAAGAAAAGGUGGACGUCGUCCUGGGACCCAUCCAGUUGCAGGGUCCCCAUGAAAAGAAGUCCUCCUCCAACCUGGCAGUGGCAGACACAGCGAAACCAGGCGGCUUGCAGGGGAGCCCCCAGAGCGCGGCCACCUCGGCGGGGGUGUUCCUGGCUGUGGUCCUAGCUGUGGCAGCCUUCAUUCUGGGAAGGAGGACACACACCACAAGCCGCUGUCCUCCAAGCACCAAGCUGUAA